AUGGAGUCUGGUGCCAUUGCGCUGGCCUUCCUCCCCCUGGUGUUGACUUUUAUUAUUCGCUACUACUUUAUGUUGUUCUACCGGGCGGUGAUGGUGAGACUGAGCCGGGAGGAGAUGGCCUUCCAGUAUUUUCUGAUCCACGCCAACCCCGGCGACCCAGAAAGAAUCCUGGAAACCUUUGACCUCUGGUGCAGCAAGGUGGAGUUCAUCAGCAACAUCAGCCCCAAGAAAAUGCUGGGUUCCCACUGUGGAUACAGCACAGUGCGUAUUGCCCGGGCACUGCCCCCGGGCGCCAAGCUGUACAGUGUGGAAAUGGAUGCAAGAAACGCUUUUAUAGCAGAGACGGUCUAUACGCCUGCGGGCUUCGACGAUGACACGCACGGAAAGUUCACCAGCCAAAAUACACGCUCUGGUCUGCUGGGGAAAGGCUCUGUAGAGCUUGCUGACAACAUCCUGUUUCCUGGGGCUCCUAACUUCCUCCGACACGUCCGCAAGAGUGGCCUCUACGAGUGGAAGCUCCACAGGGCCACUCUAGAGUACAGCAAAGGAAUCAGGGAUGGGAUGGCUGAACUGGUCUACCUGGGGAUCAAGUAG